AGCGGUUGAAGGAGAUGGAGGAUGAAGCUGCUGCUCUGCGGGAGAUGCAGGCCAAAGUUGAGAAGGAGAUGAAUUGUGCACAAGAUCCUGCUGCUACUACAUCUCAAGCAAGUAGAGAGGAAGUAGAUUCACGAUCAGUGUUCGUUGGCAAUGUCAGGCUUCGUUCUUCAAGUUUCUGAUUAACUGGUUCUGGGAUAUGAUAUUAACCUGGGCUACUAAAAAAGUGUGCAUGAUAAUGUGGCAGAGAAAAUGAUAAGAAAGAAACUUUGUGAAAAGAAAAUUUGAAGGCUUUUGAAACCAAUAACUUGAAAAAAAAAAAAGAAAAAGAAAGAAACAAAAAGAAAAUAAAGUAAAGGGGAGAGGUGAUAAAUGCUAAAAUCUUUCUGAGUGAUCAUAACAAAAAAGAUGGGGAGAAUCAGCAGAGAUAUAGGUUAGGAUUAAAGAGUGUUGGUUGAGUUAACUUGAGCGAGUUCUUGGGCCAGGAUGGACGGAGGAAAAGAUAUGAUUCAAGAUUCCUGAGCCUAGACUCAAUCAAGUACAAGGAGUAGCAUGCAGGAAGGAUGAAGACUAGCUAUGUACAAAGUACAAGCCCACAGAGCUGCUUGUCAUGGAGGUUAACGCUCAAGGAAUGAGUAGGCAUUUUACUCCUUAUGGUGGACUAUUCAUGCACCCCUGAAGAAGUGCAGCUGCACUUCCAAUCUUGUGGGACAGUAAAUAGGAUCACUAUUCGUACAGACAAGUAUGGCCAACCAAAGGGUUAUGCAUAUGUGGAAUUUGUUGAGCCAGAGGCUGUUCAAGAGGCUCUCCUUCUGAAUGAAUCUGAAUUACAUGGCCGCCAAUUGAAGGUGACUGCAAAAAGGACCAAUGUACCAGGAAUGAAGCAGUUCCGUCCACGCCGACCUAACCCUUACAUGGGAUUUCCACCCAGGGGCUCACAUGUGCCGCCUUAUUUCCACUCUCGUUAUGGAUAUGGGAAGGUUCCAAGAUUCAGAAUGCCUAUGCGUUACAGCCCCUACAGCUGAAUGCUAUUUUGCUGGAGGCAGCAUUGCUUCCAGAUGGAAACAUCCAGCGAAAGUAUUAGUUUCCUUUUUAUUGUCAUGGAUCAUAGUGUUUUGGGGAUAUCAAUGAAGAAUGGCAACUUCAUGCGUGUGAAUUGAACAUUAUUUAAAGUUUUUGAUAAACAAUGCAACUUGUAAUUUACGCAUACAUUCCUUCCAACAACACAUUCUUUACCUUCAAUGCUGUCGAUGGUUAUAAGA